AUGAGGUCACUACCUGAAGGCAAGUGAGAGUUAGAAGAGGUUUCCUUUUAUGCUGACAGACUCUCUAACCUUGUCAUUGCAAUGACACUUAAAGAGAUUAGUGAAAAGUCAGAUGGCCCUGACCCAUGUUUUGCUGUUCUUGGAAAGCCUAGUCAUAAAUCUGUUGGACUGGGUACAAAUAAAUAUAAAAAUAAUACAUCAGCAAAUGUUACUCAUGUCAAUAUGAAAGAAACCAAAUAUGAAGAGAGUCCACCUUCCAAGGAGACAUUUUUUUAUAAAGAAAUAAACCAGUCUUCCAAUAGAAAUGCUUUUCCAGAAGAGAAGGGUAGGACAACAAGAGAAAGGAAAAUGCCAUCACAAAAACGUUUUGGCCAAGGUGAAUUUGCAAAUAAUUUAAGCAAAGAGAUACUAAUUUAUGCAAAUAAUGUGGUUUCAGUCAUGGUGGUCUCAGUUAUGAAGACCAUAGAAGGUCAGGCAAAUGACUCAAAUAUAGCUUGUAUUAUGCUGAACAUGUUACUGAAGCACUCUAAGGCUGUGAUUUCAGACUUAAUAGCCUCCUGUAUGAAAAACUUGGACAACCUAGCAGGCAAACUCUUGACUAAUUCAGACUUUGCUUCUGCAGUGAAGCUGACUCUGUUCACCCUAGGCAGUCGUAAGGCUGCAGAAAUUGUACAAGCAAUGUUGAAUCAUUUGUUCAUGAAAAGAGGCAAAGGCUCAGAAUUGAGGUUUGCAGCAACAAGGACUGAAACAUUGCCGAAAGAAAAAGAAAUGACCUGUGCAAACGCAGUGGGUAACCACUUUAUUAAGCAAGGGUUUACCCUCUGGCAUGAAAACCAAAACCAAUGCAGCCAAUGCACUGAGCAAUCCUGUGAAGAGGCCAUAUCUGGACUGACUAAAAUGCUUACUGAUCAACUUGAUCUGAGCACAGAAGACAGGAGCAGCACACCAUUUAUUGGCAGUCUGGUAGAUACGGUGCUAAAGCUGUGUCUUAUGAUAGUUAAAUACAGCAACCCUGAGUCACUUCUGGCAGAGCCAGGGAGCAGCGACGAUGGCACAGGAUCACUCUGAGCCCUUUUGCAGUGGGUGACUGCAUCUCAGGCAGACAUGCCUGUGCUUUGCUUCUUGGAUGAUGAUGAUGAGUUCAUGAAUAAGCUUCAGAAACUGUCAUCAGUAGCAGUAGAGAAGGGAUACAAAGUAGGAGAAAUUUUACAAGCAAUGCUGAAAUACAAGAAGGAAAGGCAGUCUGAUGAGGUUGUAGGCAGCUCUGUCCAGUUGCCAGUCUUGAACUGGCUGCUUAAUAACUCAUGA